UGAUAAACAGGGAGAUACACAACCAUUGUAGUGUUAGGUCUGGUGCCGUGAGUGGUGAUGAAGAUGCAUAGAAUGAUUCUAUUGGUGUUUGGGUUGCUGGGGCUCGCGAGUGUGGGAAGUGCGCAAAUAGUGCAAGAAGGACAAUGUAAUACGAUAAGUUCGAUGCAAAACUUCGUUUUGGACUCGUUUACCGGGACAUGGUACGAAAUUGGCAAGUCGUCGGCGUCCAAUGCUGACUGUUCCAACCUGGCGUUCACCGUCGGCGCCGACAACGCCAUCUCCUUCUCCAACCCGUCAGUGGUGAACAACUUCCUGCAGACCUCCACCGGCACGGCCACUCUGACUGCUGGCACGGCCCAGUUUGCCAUAACGUUGACCGGUUCUACCGCCCCAUUUAACUUCUGGGUACUUGGAUCUGACUAUGAUAACUACGGCAUUGCCAUUAGCUGUACUGAUGUUGGCACAACACAAAGGGAAUUAAUCAUUUGGCAACUGGGCCGAGCAGUCAACUCGUAUGAGACCGCAGCAACUUUAGCUGCGGCCAACACCUUGCUCGCUACCAUCAGUCUCAGUGUGAGCGACCUGACUCCCAUCGACCAUUCCACGGCAGCCUGCACUCAGCUGCCCGUGAUCGGGGCCAACCAGCCUGUGAUACUGGACGGACAGUGUAACAAUGCUGCCAUACCAGUCGUACAAAAUUUUGACGUAACCGGCUUCUCAGGCAUAUGGCACGAGACCUCGAGUUACUAUUCCGCCAACGCAGUUGGAACCUGCGCGAGGGCCGAAUACACGCUAGUAGGAACGACAGUCAACGUAGUGAACAGCCAAGUACUCGACCAGCGAUUGGACACAAUUACUGGAACUGCGACACUCAUCGGCACCGACCAAUCUGGAAGACUUAGCGUGACUUUGAAUGUAGGAGGGGUGCAAGUUAAUCAAGAACUGCUAAUCCUGGAAACGGAUUACACCAACUACGCUAUAUCGUACUCCUGUAUUAAUACAUCACCAACCCAGAGACAAGUUAACGCUUGGAUCUUAAGCAGAGAUCAACAACUAUCUGCCGCAUCACAAGUUGAAGUCAACAGAGUGAUCGCCUCUCUUGUCGAUUUGAACACCGAGUAUUUCCAAACCACCGACCAGAGUGCGACUGGCUGUUUCUACUUCCCUGUUCACCAAUCGGGGCAGCGUGUGGUUUUUCCUGGCACAUGUGACGACACCAUUGCUGCCGUUCCCAGCUUUAACUUAGGCUCGUUCAUCGGCACAUGGCAUGAAGUAGAAGCCUAUCCAGAAGAGCAACAGACCGGAACGUGCGUCAACCACGUUUUUAGCACAGGCAUUGGCAACACCCUCAAUUUGGUGUCCAACCAGGUUGUUAAUCGGACAUUAACUUCGUCUACUGGCAGUGUUCUUCUGGUCUCUACUGAUGGGAGUGGUAGACUCGUGCUCACUAUGAUCGCUGACGGACAAUUUACUGAAAUCCCGUACUGGAUCAUAGCUACGGAUUACGACAACUACGCUUUGGCGUACAGUUGUGUUCAACUGGAUACUGAAAUUGCAAGUAGAGCAGUGUACAGUUGGAAACUGAGCAGAAGCCAAACCCUGUCACAGGCCUCGGCCGAUCUUAUCAACACCGCUAUGAAUCAAAUUCAAGUACUGGACCAACAGUACUUUGAAACCGUUGAUCAAUCUGCUGAUGGGUGCUUCGUUUACCCCGACAUCCCUGCUGGUGAUCCUAUCAUUCUAGAAGGAGAGUGUGGAACUGUUACGCCAGUGGCCAACUUCCAAGCUACACAAUUCACGGGAACCUGGCACGAGAUUGCCCGGUACGCUUCUGCUCGCCAGAGCGGCAACUGUGCCGCAAGCCAGUUCCAGUCCACUACUGAGAAUACCUUCACGCUGACCCAGACCAUAGUGUACAACGAGCGGCUGACUACAGUGUCAGGGACUGCCACUGUUGCUGCUGACGGCAGUGGAACCUUGACUGCUACUCUUAGCGAUGGAGCUGACCUUACCUACACAACGACCUUAUACAUCUUGGAUACCGACUACAAUGAAUUUGCUUUGUUGUAUGGCUGCGAAAACUUACCAGGCACUAACAAUAGACAAAUCUACAGUUGGCAACUCAGCAGAUCGCAAUUAGGAUUCUCGCAGGCCGCCAAUGAAAGAAUAUCUCAAGUGAUCACCGAUACCUUAGACCUUUUAGAAAGAUAUUACCAGAGUACUGGUCAAACUAGCGCGGACUGCUUUUACUACCCGGUGUUUGAAGGGACUCCCGAGGCUAUUGUUUUGCCUGGCACCUGCCCUACUGUCAGCGGUGUGGCCAAUUUCAACCCUACUAAUUACCUUGGGCACUGGUACGAUGUCACCAGAUAUCCCAUCGAAUCUCAGUUCGGCACCUGCCCACGAGCAGAGUACUCUCUUGUUGAUGGCGUCAUCACCAUUCGGAACACAAUGGUUGUCAACGAAACUCUGAGGGCACAAGAUGCUAUCGCUCGCCUUUCAUCUGCGGGCACUGGACUCCUCUCUGUUACGAUUGUGUUAGAAAACGGAGAGGAAACUGUGCAGACAACCUAUAUCCUUGACACUGACUACAUUAGUUACUCCUUAGUUUACGCCUGUCGUAACCUAGGCGAUGGUACUAGUAGAGUGUACAGUUGGAUACUGAGCAGAACUCCGACCCUGACUGUUGAAGCAAAUAAUGCCAUCAACACCAUCAUCAGCAACACCCAGGGUCUGCUCGGAGAUUACUACCAGACCCAAACGCACACAGACCAGGACUGCUUCUACGUACCAGAACCAGUAUCUGGAGAAUCUGUGUUAUUCCCAGGAUCCUGCGCACAAGUAACCGGCAUGCAAGGAUUUGAAGCUUCUCAAUACCUAGGCUGGUGGCAUGAGAUCGAACGCUACCCCUCCGAUGGCUCCCCGGGCCAUUGCACCAGCGCCACCUUCCAGCAAGCGAGCGACGGCUCGUACAACGUCAUCGAGACCAGCGUUUAUGACAACGUGGCCAAUGAGACCACAAGCAGCGCCGUCAUCACCCAGGAUGGAGUCAUCACGAUCACUAGAGAUGGAGCCACUACUCAAUGGAUUGUGCUCGGUACGGAUUACAACACAUAUUCGCUUGUCUAUGCUUGCGAGGAUGUGACUACUCUAUUGGGUGCAUUCCGGCGAGUAUGGAGCGCUAAACACAGCAAAACUCGCGGAUUAACUGCCGAAGCCACAGCUGCCAUGGAGCCCCUCAUUGAAGCCAACCCAGUCCUGCACGAUCAGUUCUAUGAGGCUGUCAACCAAUCUGAUGCAGCCUGCUUCCACUAUAGAGAUGACGCUAGUGCGCAAGUCAUCUUGUCUGGCCAAUGCGAUACCAGUAUCCCUGUGCAAGCAAACUUCGAUAUAGAUCAAUUCUCAGGCACAUGGUAUCACAUUGAGAGAUACCCUUACACAGCCAAUAAUGACGGGACAUGCAUUGGAACCAAAUUGAACGUUGAUGGUGACAGCGUCUCAGUGCAACACUGGGAAGUCCAUGACGAAACUCUUGUUGUUAGAGAAGGCACUGCUACAGUCAGUGGAGCCACGGUCACAAUCAGAUUACCUGUUGAAGGCAGUGAAGAAUCUGUGCCUGUGGAAGUCCUCAUUCUAACCACGGACUAUGAAGGAUAUGCUUUGGCAUAUACUUGCACUAAUAUCAAUUCCUACCAGAGAAUAGUCGGUGCGUUCAAGCUGAGUCGCUCCCGCACACUAAACAAUGACGCCCGAUACGCCAUCGAGACCUACAUGGCCACGAGGGAGGAAUUCCACCAACCCUACUUCAUCAGCAUCACACAACACGACGACUGCGAUGAACCCAGCUCCGCCCUCCUCGUCAAGAGCAGUAUUAUCAUCAUGCUAGUCUCCGUAUUCCUACAUUUAGUCAUAAGAUUUAGUUGUUGUACAUUGGUGGGUUCAUUGGUGAGCGGGGACAAUAAUGAUCUCAUGAUGUUGACAUUAAUAAUAGGUUUUAGUAUUUUAGGGCUGUUAGGAACUAGUGCUCAAAUCAUCCAGGAUGGACAGUGUAACCCGGACAUUACUUUACAAGCAGGCUUCAAUAUUGACAAUUUCCUUGGCGCGUGGUACGAAGUCUCCAGAACAGACAAUCCCCAGCAAGACGGAGACUGUUCUCGUCUUAGCCUGACCAGUGAAGAUGGCGUGAUCAGCAUCAGUUAUGAGUCCGUGAACCGGAACUUCUAUGAUGAGAUCAAUGGCACCGUCAGCCAGGAAGAGGGGACCGCUAAACUGUCACUUAACUUAGAUGGAUUAUCUGAGCCUGUCGAUUUUUGGGUUCUGAUGACGGAUCACACCACUUACGCUCUCACUUACCAAUGUGUCAACAUAAACGCAAAUCAAAGAGCUGUAUACAUCUGGCAACUGGGCAGAGGCCAAACAUUCACUGAACUGUUCCUUGCUCUGAUGAACACCAGCCUGAACAAUCUCCUCGGCAUCACCUUAGCUGAACUAAGAUCCACGGAUUUCAGCGAGGAAGCCUGCUAUGAGCUACCCGUGAUUGAAGAGAACCAACCCAUCCUGCUACCCGGGCAAUGUGAUGCGAACAUACCCGUUGUAGACUCUUUAGAUGUUGAAAGAUUCACCGGAUUGUGGCACGAAAUAUCAAGCUACUACUCUGAAAGCGCCCUUGGAACCUGUGCCAGAGCAGAGUACACCCUUGCAGGAGGCGUGGUCAACGUUGUGAACAGUCAGGUGGUCAACCAGGGACUGGAAACUGUCACGGGAACGGCGACGGUUAUAGAUGCUGACGGUGGCGGGAAAUUGUCGGUGACUUUGGAGAUAGCUCCUGGUGUAUUUGCAGAUCAAGAACUUUGGGUAUUAGCCACAGAUUACUCCGACUAUGCCAUACUGUACAGUUGCAUCGACCAACCGAAUAACCAGAAACGAGUGUACAGUUGGAUAACCAGCCGAACGAGAGUGCAAACAGAUGCCGCCCGGGCAGCAGUCACAGAAGUGGUGGACUCGAUUAUGGACCUUAACACCGUGUAUUACGAACUAACCGAUCAGUCGGACGAUGGAUGUUUCUACUACCCUGAACAUGUGGUCGACCAGCCCGUGGUCUUCAGAGGCUCUUGCGAUAUGAGCAUACCUGCUAUGGCUAAUUUUGAUGUUGAAAGAUAUAUGGGAUUAUGGCACGAAAUCGAAUCAUAUCCUUCCGUCUUCCAAACUGGCACUUGUAAUAAUGCCAGAUACACACUAGACGAGGAGCUUGGAAUCGUCGAUGUAUUCAAUACUCAAGUUACUGGCCAAGCACUGGAUACCAUUCGCGGAAAUGCCACCAUAGCAGCUGAUGCGGGUGGUACUGGAAAGCUGGUUGUUACCUUUCCAAUUGAUGGAACACCGUACACAACUUCAACCGACUACUGGGUGUUGGACACCGACUAUGACAACUACGCUUUAGUUUAUACUUGCUACAACAUUGACCCCGACACCAGAGGAGUUUGGAGUUGGAAGCUCAGCCGAUCCAAAGAGCUACUAGCCGAGGCCAACACAGCAAUCAAUGCAGUUAUUGCUUCAAUACCUGUUUUGGACGAUCGUUAUUACCAAACGAGAGAUCAAAGUUCCGAUGGAUGCUUCUACUAUCCCGUACCCGAGCUUGGCGUUCCUGUCGUAUUCCCGGGACAGUGCGAUGACGGGAUCGCUGCUGUUCCUAACUUUAAUUUGAACGAUUUUCAAGGAGUUUGGCACGAAAUUGAAAGUUAUCCGAAGAUAGAACAAACAGGAGAGUGUAUCAGCCAUGAUUUCACGCAAGGCACGGGCACAACUUUAAAUCUUCAGUCAUCACAAAUUAUAGACCAGUUCCUGACAAUUUCUUCAGGGAAUGUAGCUUUUACUUCAACUGAUGGAAGUGCCAGAUUGGUAAUAACUAUAGUCUCGGAUGGUCAGGUUAUCGAAAUUCCUUAUUGGAUCCUGAAUACUGAUUACACUGGCCAUGCAUUGGCUUACAGCUGUGUGAACAUCAAUAGCGAUUAUAGAGGAAUAUGGAGCUGGAAGCUCAGCAGGACAAAAGAGCUCUCUUCAACGGCUACCACAAUCAUAGAUGAAGCUAUUUCCAGCAUUGAUGUGCUUGGUAACGAAUAUUACGAGCGCGUGGACCAAUCAGAUCCAGCCUGCUUCUACUUGCCUGACCUGGAACCUGGGGAGCCUGUUGUGAUCGUUGGACAGUGUCAGACUGAUAUUCCUGUUGUACAGAACUUUAACGCUGAUAUGUUCGCUGGCCGCUGGCGUCUAAUAGAAAGCUACCCGGUUGACUCAUCGACCGGAACAUGUGACGAUACGACAUACACAGUUGACGGAGAUUAUCUGCGAGUAGUUCACACUCAGGUCAACGACGAACGGCUGAACACCAGCCAAGGGUACGCAAAUCUGGUGGCAAUUGGCAAUGAGGGGAAAUUCUUAGUUACUUAUCCUGAUGCUGAUCCGGUUGAAUAUUGGGUACUUGAUACGGACUACACCUCAUUUGCCAUCAUGUACGCCUGUGAAAAUAUAGACAGCGAAUGGAGACGAGUAUGGAGUUGGAAGAUGAGUCGCACCACAGAAAUGACGGACGCAGCUGUGACUAGCAUCAACCAGAUAAUCGAUAGCGUCGACGUCCUGAACAACCGCUACUACCAAGAGGUCGACAAUACUGACGCCGGCUGUUUCUACUACCCCUACGCCGAUGGCAACCCCGUCGUGUUCAGAGGCCAGUGCAAUGAGAGCAUCCCAGUUGUGACUGGUUUCAAUAUUGAUAGGUACAUGGGUCUUUGGUACGAUAUCGAGAGCUAUCCUCAAGAGUUCCAAGAUGGAACCUGCGCAACCGCCACCUACACGCUUAACGGCGUCGUGGAGGUAUACAACACUCAAGUCGUUAAUGAAACUUUGGACUACAUAUAUGGAAGCGCUGUGGCCGACAACGACGAUGGGUUGGCUAAGUUGCUUGUGACUUUCCCUAUCGCUGGCACUGACUUUUCUAUUACUUCUCAGUACUGGGUGCUGGAUACGGAUUAUGAUAAUUAUGCAUUAGUCUACGCGUGUGACAACCUCAGUGAUGACUCUCGUAGAGUAUCAAGCUGGAAGCUCAGCAGACAGAAGACCAUGUCAGCGGCAUCAGAAACUGCAAUCAGCGCAGUAGUAGACAGCGUACAGGUUCUCAGUCAGGAGUAUUUCGUGACAAGAGACCACACUGAUGAUGGGUGCUUCUACUACCCUGAACCGGAGGCAGGCAAGCCUGUGGUGUUCCCGGGACAGUGCGAUGAGAGUAUCCAAGCGGAGCCGGAAUUUAAUUUGGAUCGAUUCUCAGGACUAUGGCACGAAACAGCUGCCUACCCCAAAGUAGAAUCGGAGGGUCAUUGUAUCAACUACGAAUUUACAACUGCGACUGCAGAUUCUUUCAACCUGUACACAACUCAAGUCAUUGGUCUAGAUCUGGAUGAGACUAACGCGACUGUAGUAAGAACGUCUACUGACAACAGCGCUAAAUUCACUAUUACUCUGACAUCUGACGGCAACAAUAUCGAAAUUCCUUAUUGGAUUUUGGCAACUGACUACGACAACUAUGCUUUGGCGUACAGCUGCAAUAACAUCGACGCUAAUUAUAGAGAAGUAUAUAGUUGGAAAUUAAGCCGCGCUAAGGAAAUGUCAGGAGCAUCAGAAAACGCGAUUAGCGAGACCAUAUCAGGCAUUCAAGUCUUAGAUGACCGUUACUUCGAAUCGACCAGCCAGAGCGAUGAUUCCUGCUUCUACCUGCCCGUGUUGGCUCCAGAAGACCCCGUUGUCUUCGUUGGACAAUGCGACCCUAACAUUCAAGUUGUCCAGAAUUUCGAUCCAACGAGGUACGUAGGUCGCUGGCGCCUCAUCGAGAGCUACUCUUCAGAAUUCCAAACUGGCACCUGUAACGACGCCACGUACACUAUUCAAAACGAUGGCUCCGUCUUAGUUUACAACACGCAAGUCAUCGACGAAGCCUUGGACACUAUCACCGGUUCUGCAGUUCUAGCCACCGCUGACGGCUCUGGAAAGCUAAUAGUGACCUUUCCUGGAGCGCCUGAACCCGUGGAGUACUGGAUUUUGGACACCGACUAUGAUUCAUACGCGUUGGUCUACAGUUGCGCAAAUCUGAAUAGCGAUCAAAGACGAGUAUGGAGUUGGAAGAUGAGUCGCACCACAGAACUGACGGAAGCAGCGGUGACUAGCAUCAACCAGAUAAUCGAUAGCGUCGACGUCCUGAACAACCGCUACUACCAAGAGGUCGACAAUACUGACGCCGGCUGUUUCUACUACCCCUACGCCGAUGGCAACCCCGUCGUGUUCAGAGGCCAGUGUAAUGAGAGCAUCCCUGUUGUGACUGGUUUCAAUAUUGAUAGGUACAUGGGUCUUUGGUACGAUAUCGAGAGCUAUCCUCAAGAGUUCCAAGAUGGAACCUGCGCAACCGCCACCUACACGCUUAACGGCGUCGUGGAGGUAUACAACACUCAAGUCGUUAAUGAAACUUUGGAUUACAUCUAUGGUAGCGCUGUGCCCGACAACGACAACGGGUUAGCUAAGUUGCUUGUGACUUUCCCUAUCGCCGGUACUGACUUUUCUACUACCUCUCAAUACUGGGUGCUGGAUACGGAUUAUGAUAAUUAUGCAUUAGUCUACACGUGUGACAACCUUAGUGAUGACUCUCGUAGAGUAUCAAGCUGGAAGCUCAGCAGACAGAAGACCAUGUCAGCGGCAUCAGAAACUGCAAUCAGCGCAGUAUUAGACAGCGUACAGGUUCUUAGUCAGGAAUAUUUCGUGACAAGAGACCACACUGAUGACGGGUGCUUCUACUACCCUGAACCGGAGGCAGGCAAGCCCGUGGUGUUCCCGGGACAGUGCGAUGAGAGUAUCCAAGCGGAGCCGGAAUUUAAUUUGGAUCGAUUCUCAGGACUAUGGCACGAAACAGCCGCAUAUCCCAAAGUAGAAUCGGAGGGUCAUUGUAUCAACUACGAGUUUACGACUGCGACUGCCGAUUCUUUCAACCUGUACACAACUCAAGUCAUUGGUCUAGAUCUGGAUGAGACUAACGCGACUGUAGUAAGAACGUCUACUGACAACAGCGCUAAAUUCACUAUUACUCUUACAUCUGACGGCAACAAUAUCGAAAUUCCUUAUUGGAUUUUGGCAACUGACUACGACAGCUAUGCUCUGGCGUAUAGCUGCAAGAACAUUGACGCUAACUACAGAGAAGUAUAUAGUUGGAAAUUGAGCCGCACUAAGGAAAUGUCAGGAGCAUCAGAAAACGCCAUUAGCGAGGCCAUAUCAGGCAUUCAAGUCCUAGAGGAGCGCUACUACGAAUCUACCAGCCAAAGCGAUUAUUCCUGCUUCUACCUACCCGUGCUGGCCCCAGAAGACCCCGUUGUCUUCGUUGGACAAUGCGACCCUAACAUUCAAGUUGUCCAGAAUUUCGAUCCAACCAGGUAUGCAGGCCGCUGGCGCCUCAUCGAGAGCUAUGCUUCAGAGUUCCAAACUGGCACCUGUAACGACGCCACGUACACCAUUCAAAACGAUGGCUCCGUCUUAGUUUACAACACGCAAGUCAUCGACGAGGCUUUGGACACUAUCACCGGUUCUGCAGUUCUAGCCACCGCUGACGGCUCUGGAAAGCUACUUGUGACCUUCCCUGGAGCGCCGGAACCCGUGGAGUACUGGGUUUUGGAUACAGACUAUGAGUCAUACGCGUUGGUUUACAGUUGCGUCAACCUGAACAGCGAUCAAAGAAGAGUGUGGAGUUGGAAACUCAGCCGAACCACUAGCCUGACCGACACCGCCGUAUCCGCGAUCGAGCACAUCGUCGGCUCCGUGAACGUUCUCGACGACCGCUACUACUCGACGACGGACCACUCGGCCGCCGGUUGCUUCUACUUCCCGGUGCCGGACGGCAAUCCGGUGACCUUCCGUGGCGAGUGUGAUGACAGCGUCAGGGUUGUUGAAAACUUCGACAUAGAGAGGUAUAUGGGCCUCUGGUACGACAUCGAGAGCUACCCUCAGGAAUUCCAAGACGGCACAUGUGCCACUGCCACCUACACACUCACAGGGGAUGGCGUGCUUGUGUACAACACACAAGUGGUCGAGCAACUUCUGGAUAACGUGAACGCUACCGCUGUACCCGCGGCCGAUGACGGCCUCGCGAAGUUCAUCGUCACCUUCCCUGUACCUGGUACUGACUUGACAGUGAACGUACCAUAUUGGGUGUUGGAUACCGACUACGAUAACUACGCUCUCGUCUACUCUUGCAGUCAAAUAAAUGAUGAAUACAGAAGUGUAACAAGUUGGAAACUCAGCCGCUCACAAGAACUAACACCGGCUGCCCAGACUGCUAUUAACGCUGUAAUAGACAACGUGCAAGUGCUAGACAACCAGUAUUACAACCCGCGAGGGCACACUGAAGAAGAGUGCUUCUAUUACCCUGACAACUUCGGGGGACCAGUAUUGCUGAACGGACAGUGCGAGGCACAAAAUGUUGUACAAAACUUUAAUCUGAAUUUGUUCGCUGGCACAUGGCACGAAACAGCGCGUUUCCCAUCUGACUAUCAAACCGGUGAAUGCGCCGCCAACGAGUUUGUGAUCAACCAGAACUCCUUCGUAUUGACUCAGACCAUAGUGUAUAAUGAAAGAUUGACCACGGUGUCCGGACCGGCUGUUGUAGCUAGCGAUGGAAGUGGUAUUAUAACGGCUACAUUACAGAAUGGUGAAGGAGUAUCCGUUGAAGGGACGCUUUACGUCUUGGACACCGACUACACGGAAUACGCAUUGCUAUUUAGUUGUGUGGAUGUGGACGACACCAGCAAACAAAUUUACAGUUGGAAACUGAGUCGCUCCAGAUCUGGUCUUUCUCAAUCAGCCAACGACGCCAUAGACGUACUGGUCAAUAACAAUGUAGACCUCCACGAGAACUACUACGAACUGACUGAUCAGAGCAACGAUGGAUGUUUCCACUAUCCAGUCUUUGACGAAACUCCUGCAGCUAUCGUGUUACCAGGUCCUUGUGAUGAUAGGAUUCAAGCCAAAGCCGACUUUGAAGUGAAUUCUUACCUCGGAAGAUGGUUCGAAGUAUCCAAAUACCCGCAAAGGGAUCAAGUUGGUGAAUGCUCCCGAGCUCACUAUAGCCCUGGGCAAGGUGAUGCCCCAGUAGACGUGAGGAACACCAUCGUCUACAACCAGACCUUGGAGAUCAGGGAGGGAACGGCAGUGCUACACAGCACUGAUGGUAGCGGUCUUUUGUGGGUCACGUUCGUUCUGGAUGAUGAAGUGGUCGUGGAAAGUAACUACUAUGUUCUCGAAACCGACUACACAAGUUUCGCCCUCGUCUACAGCUGCAGGGACUUAGACAAUGGCGAUAGCGAAGUAUACAGUUGGAAGCUCAGCAGAGAACCGACGCUCAGCGACGCUGCCAACAACAUUAUCGAUGAAGUCAUCAGAAACACACGAGGUCUCUUAGAAGAAUACUAUGUACCGACGAGCCAAAGUGAUGAGGACUGCUUCUACGUGCCCGAACUGAAUGAAAACGCAGCAUUGCAUUUUAGGGGACAGUGUGAAAGUGUCUCCGGUGUAGAAGGAUUUGAUGUGUCUCGGUACGCGGGCUGGUGGCACGAGAUUGAGCGGUUCCCCACGGACGGCAACCCUGGCGAUUGUACCAGCUCUCAAUACACCAGCGUCGGCAACACCAUUCAAGUGGUCGAUACCAGGGUGUUCGAUCUCACGGGACAGAUCACCACCGGCACAGUUGUAGCUAGCAGCAAUGGCGUCCUGACCAGGACCCUGAGCAAUGGACAAGUCGAAGAAUUGGUUGUUUUGGCAACGGAUUACGAGACGUAUUCGCUGUUGUACUCCUGUUUGAAUACUGAAGAUGGAGAAUACAGGCAAGUAUGGAGCGCCAAACACAGCAAGCAGCAACAAAUGACAGAAGCAGCGGAAAACGCGUUGGCGCCUAUAAUUGAAGCCAACCAAGUCCUAUACCCGCAAUUCUACCUGACGGUUGAUCAGUCUGACGAAGCUUGCUUCCAUUAUCCUGAACCGACGGGCGAAACGGUCAUACUUCGAGGACAGUGUGAUGACGACAUACCAACUGUCCAGGACUUUGACGUGCCUGCGUACACCGGCGACUGGUACCUCAUCGAACAAUACCCCAACCCUCACGUCUCUGAUGACGGCACGUGCGUUGGCGCUCGCUACACGUACAACUUCGAGACGGAAGAGGUCUCGGUUCUCCAUUGGGAAGUCGUGGGAGGAAACCUUACCUCGAUUAAUGGCACCGCGAGCACUGAUGGCGCGAAGAUGAUUAUAACUAUGGCGGUCGCGGACAGCGAUGACACUACAACAACCGAGUUGAAAAUCUUGCAGACGGACUACGCCUCUUACUCCUUGGCGUACACUUGCACUAACAUUAACCAAUUCCAACGAGAAGUGACUGCCUUCAAAUUCAGUAGAACGCGCUCCUUACCAGCGAGCGCUGUGACUGCCAUAAACUCUUAUAUGGCGACAAGACAGGAGCUUGACCAACAGUACUUCACCGCGGUGGAACAGGACGAAGACUGCCUGGAACCCAGCUCCGCGCUAUUGGUCCGCGGCAGUUUUCUAGUUUUAUUUGUUUGCGCUGUUUUGCAAAUGUUCAUGUAAUUCAUAAGUGGGAGAAGAGAGAAAUCAUAUCAUAGAGUCUGACCA